AUGAUCGGAUUAGGAAAGGUACUUCAUUUUCUAUCUCAGAAUGAGAGAAACAUAAAAGUGCAUCGAAUGAAAAUUCCCGACAUAAUAAAACUGCUUAGCAAACACAAAGAGAUAAAACAAGAUGAUCUAGACAACAUAAAUAUCCAAAUAAUUAACACCCUAAAUCAUAUCAAUCCGAACAAAAUUAUAACUAAUAUAAUACACAAUAAUGUAAGAGUAAAAAAAGAUUUGAAAUCUUUAAAAAAAAAGAUUUAUUUUAACCAUUUAUUACUUAGAACAUUAAUCGAAAGGAACAAAUCUUUCAAAAUAUAUGAAUGUAAAGAAGAUGCACAUAAUAAUGAUGGAUCUCAAAAUGAAACAUCAAUACAACUUCUAGAGAUUAACACGGAUCCAAAAAAUAUAUACGGAAGAAAUAAGAGAAAAAUAAAACUAACCAGAGGGACCAAAAGUACGAGUACAGAAAAAAGCAUCUCUGAUAAUAAAAAAAAUGAAUUAAAUUCAGAAUCUCAACAUAUAUUAUUAAAUUUAGGAAAUAACAAUACAUCCAUGAGUGAUGAAAAAAGAGGAGUAGAAAUUUUUAAUCUUUUCGAAUUAACUAAUAAUUAUUCUAGUUUUAUCCUAGACAAUGUUCUAAAGCAUAUUUGCUCUUAUAUAUAUAACUACAAAGCAUUAAACAAAGUAAAUAAAGUAGAAAACAAAGGGUAUGAAAUCGUUUCAGUAUUUUUGAUAUCCAAUAUAUUUCAUAGUUUUUUCGAGUUAAAAUUUGGUUAUACAUACAUUGUACACUUUUUAAAUGGGUUACAAUUGUACAGAAUUAAAGAUGAAAUAAAUGUCAGCCAAAUGAAUUUUGAAAUUAUUCAUGGUUAUGUGAAUAUAGGAAAGGACAGAGGAAUUGUAACCAUUCAUGGUAAUAGUAGUAGUGCCCCUGUGAACAUCAACGAAGGAGAAAAUUUUCUCUAUGAGGAGAGGCAAAAGUCUAUUUUGGAAAAGGUGCAUGAUAUAUCCUUUAUUAUAGAUUAUCUCAAUAAGAAUGUUGAAAGGACUAUACGACACACAUGCAAUCGGAGUGGCGAUCACAUCCCGGACAAAGAGAAAAAUGUCUUUGUGAGCGACCAGGACUCUGACUCAUAUGUUUUUGAGGAUGCAAAGAAAAAACAAACAUACAUAGUUAACGUGAAAGAUAAAAUUUUACUAAGUUACAGUAUAAAUGAAUCGUAUUUAAACUAUUUUUUAGACAUAAUACAAAAUAAAUAUAACGUUGACAAGAUAAGUUUUUCCAAUUAUUGCCUACUAAUGCACAUGUACAGCAUGUCCAAUCAUUUUGUAAUCAAUUUGUUCGCAUCCCUUCCACUCCUAUUUUUGAAAAAUAAAAUGCACACAAAUAUUAACACAUUUAUCAUUUUAUUAAAUUCUUGUAUUUUCCUAUUAAGAGGAAAGUCAUUUAUGAGUUCUCUAAAUUCGUUUCACAUUUUUGUGAAUUCUGAUAAGAGUAACAAAUUAAUUGAAGACAAGAAUUAUGUACUUGAAGUAAAGGAAAAAAUAUACUUACUAACAGAACAGCUAAUAAAUUACAUAUUCCAGAAUAGAGAAAUAAUGAAUAAUAAUCACCUGUUGCAAAUAUUGGAAAUUCUGUCUUUUAUAAAAUAUAAAAAAAUUCUAUUCAGUUACAUUUUUAACAAAAUGAGAAACAGCCUUUGCUUAUUAGACAAAUAUCAAAUUUUUUAUUUUUUAAAUUCUAUGUCCAAUUAUGAUAUAAUCUAUAACAAGGCAAAAAAUGAAAUCCAUCUUCAUACUCUUAAAAAUAUGGAUCAGUAUUCACGUACAGAAAUAAAGCAGAUGGAAAAAUAUUUGCAAGUGAAAUGUUAA